CCUCUUCUCAAAGAUCACAAGUGGUGGUGUCUUCUGAAUCCUUGCGACAUCAUUAUAUAGAGCUGUAUAGCUUACUUCUCAAUUGCCAUUGGAGAGAUACAGUCAAUAGUAGGUAGACCACCAUGAGCAACGAAACAUCGUCCUACAUUGCCUUUGCCAAGAAGCAAGCGAAUGUCGGCGUCCACACGCCUCGUCGCGCGUCCCUUCCACCCUCGUGGGAUGACACGGAUCUACUCUUGCCAUCGACAGACGACGAAAACAGCAAUAAGGACAGUAGUGCCGUAGAAGGAGAAGCCGCUGCGGCAGCGGCCUACAUGACAUCGCCAUCCCGUCAUCAUCAUCAUCAACGCAACAAGAGUCGAUCCAUGUCGGGAGAUUAUUCCUCCUUGCGAGCAUCGCUCUUGGCGCAAAAUUCCAACUUGGCCAGUGUCAAUCAGAAAAUGGCAGAACACUUGAAAUCCAUGCUGGAAAACGUGCGACGCAAAACUGGAACUCCCAUGGCGGAUGCUCCCGACACGGUGCAACUCGAAGCGUACCGUACAUUGACGACCGUCCCUCCCUUUUCCUACUUGCCCAAUCAGGAAAUCCGUGCCUUGGUGAAGGAUUUGCAUUUGCUGGAAUAUCAAGAUGGAGAAGUCAUUGUGCAGCAAGGACAAGAUCAGAAUCAGAGUGAUCGAGAUGUCUAUGUGCUGGCCAAGAAACGAGUGGUCUUGGUUCGGUUGAAUCUAGCAGAUGGAAUGAUCAGCAGCAGUACCAACAGCACGGACAGUAUCAGCAAUUCGGGAUCCUCCACUCCGUCGGUCGACAGUUCCUUGAUUGGACGGUCUUCCGCCAAGUUUGUUGGUUACCUCGAUGCUCCCGCCAUGUUUGGAGAAUGGGCCACUCUCUUUGAUGGAGUACGCGAUUUCCAGGUCAUUGCGGGAGGUUCUCAGGUCGUCGUCUAUCGCAUGUCCGGAGAACGCUUUGAAAGUCUACUGGCCCACCAUCAUGCCUUUCGACUCAAAUUGGCACUCGGAUUGCGCAGUAGUGGCAUCUUUGCCGAUAUUGAAGCAUUUGUCGCCAUGAUGCGACGAGCUGUCAGUCAUGAUGGAGAAGACAAAUUUGACAUGCCCGCCAUUUUGGCCUGCUAUCGACGCAUGGUUCCUGCCAUUCAUGCCAAUCUGCAUUCAUCGCUGCUCGACUUGGAGGGAUGGACGUAUGCCGUGAGGCGAUUGCCAGAUUCCAUCACGUCCACCUACACCUAUUUGCUCUCGAAUCAUGUCCCCAUGCCAUUUAUGCAUCCUCAUUUCAGACUACAGGAUGUCUUUGUCAAGACUGUGGCACGACGACGACAAGCGUUUGCGCUGGAUCAUGGCAAACUCCUCGUGGUCAUGCGCGAAAAGUUUUCGGAUGUGCUGGACUUUGUGUCCCUCCUCUGUUGUCAUUUGCACGAAAGUGCCAAGCUGCGCACCAAACUGGUUCGUCCGUCGGCAUUGGAUGUCAUUCACCGGUGCCUCUGGGCACCCGAACGACGCCUCGAACCAUCCUUUCCACUCGGGGAUCGAAAACUGUUAUACCAUCGGUGCCAGUCGUCCACCUAUGCCACGGCAUCCAUUGCCGAACAAAAGCAAGCACUCGCGCAACUACCAUUGACGGCCGAGGAACAACAAGGUUUGCAAGCCUUGUGGCCCAAGGAUUUUUUGUAUCGAAUUUGGGAUAUCAUUUGUUUGCACGAGAACAUUCAAGUGCGAUCGGAUCUGACGGCGGCAGCGGUCGAUGCCACGGAUCGGUGGGCCGAACGAAUUCGUCGGGCCGUGUUGGAUUUGUUAGCGGCCAAUCGAACGCAGCCAGGGAGUACUGGCGAAGAACCAUCGGAUCUUUGCUUGCGCACUGAAAUUGUGACCCACAUCAUCUCCUCCAACACCACCAGCGUCCGCAAUUUGCUCUCACCUUACCUGCUGCAACGAAAGGCAGAAAUCUACGAAUGGGGAAGCAAGGCUCAUCCAGAGAUUAUGGGUCACAACGUCUUGUCAGACUCGGACAAGUUUUGUGCGCUCUGCAAUGCUUACAUGAAGCAUCACGGACAAAAGGCCAUUCAGGAGCAAGAAGAAGUGGAUGGUGCCUGUUUCAAGACGCUGCGCAGUACCGAGUUGACCGGAAUUCAAGUAGAACUCUUGGACCUGGAUGCGCUCGACGCUGUCUACGCCAAGCUCAACAUUGCACCGGAUCCCUUCUUGGCGUCCUGCUUUCCCGAUUACGACCCCGAAACCAAGAGCUGGAAGGAACCAAAAAAACUGUGCGGAAGCAAACAGGCCAGGCUGCUGGUCAACAUUGACUAUGCUUUUGGCAAACAGGCGGAACAACUCAUCUCGUCACUUUCGUUGCUGUUUGGCAAGUCGGUGGCAUCGGUUGGAGUCAUGGGCAAAGCAGGCGGGUUGCAAGGCAGACGUGGAGAUAUCAUCGUGGCCGAUUAUUUGGUCUUUCAAGAUGGAGACGAGCAAACCUUGAUUGACAACACUGGCGUGGAUCGCGAGGCCCUGCACACGUUGAGUCAACGAGAAGUCCAUUCCGGCGGCGUCUUGACCGUGUUGGGGACGCUCUUGCAAGAUUCGCGCCUCUUGAACUUUUACAAAAAGCUAUACGGCUGUGUUUCGUUGGAAAUGGAAGGCUCUUUCUAUGCUCGUGAGCUUCGACGGUACAAAAAGGCCGGGCUCUUGAAUGACGACGUCAAUCUGCGCUUUUUGUAUUACAUUUCCGACACACCACUCAGCCAGGACCAAACCGAGACCUUGUCGAGCGACAUGAGUUUGGCCGAAGUGAUUCCUCCCCAAUACGCCGUCACUCGAGCUCUUUUGAAGCCUGUACUAGAAGUGCGGUGCGAUAACGAGGCUAUGUAUUUGUGAUUUUUUUGGUGCUGCGAUGCUACAGGUAGCACGAACGUAGACGACGAUGGGACACAUAGUUUUUUGUACAGCAACGGGGGAUGAAAUGCCUCAAGCCUAAAUGUAUUUCGCAAAUUCUAGCCAGCCAUGACGCAUCAAUGUUUCGUCGCGCGAUACGAUGGUCUCCAUAGUGGAUGUAUCAUAAAUGGGGUCCAGUACAUAGAGUUCACUUUCUUCGAAAAU